UCAGAACUGUACUCCCUUCAAUUAUUAGCAGAAAUCAGUCAGCAUUCAUUCAGGGACGUAGUAUUCUAGAAAACAUUUUAAUGGCCCAGGAAGUUGUCCAGAACUACCAUAGAAUGCAAGUUUCUUCCAGAUGUGCAGUUAAGAUAGACCUCAAGAAGGCCUUCGAUUCUGUUCACUGGGGAUAUCUCUCUUGCGUCAUGGUUCUCAUGGGAUUCCCGCGAGAUUUUAUUGAGUGGAUCCUAGUUUGUUUGAAUUCAGCCUUCUUCAGUGUAUCAAUUCAUGGCAGCCUUUUUGCGUUUUUUCAAUCUGCAAAAGGUGUAAGGCAGGGGGAUCCUCUUUCCCCCUACCUGUUCACUAUUGCAAUGGAGCCUCUAUCGGGUAUCUUGAAUCGAGCUGCUGCUUCUGGGACGAUUCCUUUUCACCCCAGGUGUAAGAAAGUUAACCUUUCCCAUCUCUGCUUUGCCGACGACCUUCUGAUUUUCACUGAAGGUUCGGCACGGGCUUUGUCUGGAGUUCGUUUGAUCUUAGACAAAUUUCAUCAUCUCUCGGGGCUGCAAUGCAACCCCGACAAAUGUGAAGUCUUCUUUGGCGGCCAGUCACACCAGUAUAAAUCUAUUGCAUUACAUGUUUCUGGAUUCAGAGAAGGGCAUCUCCCAGUUCGUUAUCUGGGUCUACCUCUUACCUCAGGUAAACUUUCUAGUCUUGACUGUGCGCUGCUUGUGGAUAAAUUGACUAAGAGAAUUCGUAGUUGGCGGGCUUGUACUUUAUCUUAUGGAGGAAGACUCCAGCUCAUUGAAUCAGUUCUGUACUCACUGAUUCACUACUGGAUGGCGGUUUUCAUUAUUCCUAAAAAAGUUAUUAAAGCAGUACAGAAGGCUUGCUCUGACUUUCUUUGGCACGGUGACAAGACAGGGAAGGCUAAGGUUGCGUGGGAGCACAUUGCCCUGCCAAAGAGGGAGGGUGGACUGGGUUUGAAAGACUUAGUUUCAUGGAAUGUCGCCUGUGUUGCUAGACUUCUUUGGCUCAUUCUUAUGCAGGGGGGCAGUUUCUGGGUGGCUUGGAUUACUCGUUACCGUCUUCGAGGCUCUUCAGUCUGGGAAGUCAAACGAACGGCUGCUGGAUCCUGGAUCUGGAAACAAGUUCUCAAAGUUAGGUCCUGGCUGCAAUUCAGAAUGGGUUUGGAUAGUGAUGGGGACGUUACUUGGAUUGGGAAAAAGAUGAUUCGAUUCUCUGUGUCUACUGUUUGGAAUACUCUGCGUUCCAGGCAACCAUGUGUGACCUGGUGGAAGAUUGUAUGGGGCAAGUUUACUCUCCCUAGAUGCAGAAUUUUGGCUUGGCUCAUUAUUAUUAAUCGCAUUCCCACGAAAGACAAGCUUAAAGCGUGGGGUGUUACUGUGGAUGAUAGCUGCCCUCUCUGCAGCUCAUCCAGCGAGUCGAGGGAACACUUAUUUUGUGAGUGCACCUUUACUUUGGACUAUCUCUCCUCUCUAUUCAGAACUACUAUUCACCUGCCUCCAAAGUGGGACGAUAUGAUGCUGGUAAUGUCGAGCAAGGCUGCUACAAAUGACAACAGGAGUGUGCUGGAGUGUUCCAUUUGGUGCUGGACUACUGCAUCCAUUUGGCGCGAACGUUGCAACAGGGUUUUUGGAACUGUUACGAAACAACCUGAGUUGCUGGCCUCGCUUACACGGGAAGAAAUGUGUUUGUUUAGCAAUGGUAACAUAGAGUUUCAGUCUUUAAUUCAGAGAAUUCCAGAGCUGUAUAGGAUUAUCUCUCCCCAAUAGCUUUUAUCUUCCGAGGGAGUUUCUGUUGGCAGUUAUUUUGCUGCCCUGUAUUUUUUCGACUCAUGCUGUUUGCAUUGAGUGAGCAUUAAUGGAAACCACUAAUUACCGAAAAAAAAUUGAUGUCAUUUUGUAGAGCACAACAAACUCGUUCCAUCUGUGCAAAAAAAAUUGAAAUCCGAGUUAGAAUGAAGAAGAUAAGAGCCAAUUAAGAAAACUAGGGAAAAUAAAAUACCUUUAAUUGA